CGAAUACAUUAAAUUAAAGGUCAAUAGUACAAACGUUUACCCGAUAUCGGGCUUUUCCAUCGAAAACGAAAGUAGCUGUAAACGGUUUCGUACAAGUCAGGCCGAGAGAUGAAGGUAAAAGACCAAGGUCGCCGAUGAUAACAUAUUAGUUUGUUUGUUUUGUAUAACUUUCUGGUGUGAUUUAGAUACACACAAGGUCGAGAAAAAUAUUAAGAGAUGCAUAUGAUUGUUGCGGCAAUAGAUUUUGGAACAACAUAUUCAGGCUGGGCCUUUUCAUUUCGAGCUGAGUAUGAAAGAGACCCUAGAAAAGCAGAAGUAAAACACUGGCAUUCCGGUAUUGGAACUCUAGUAACAGUCAAAACACCUACUUGUUUGCUGGUAAAACCAGAUGGAAUCACUUUUCAAGCGUUUGGUUAUGAUGCAGAAAACCAAUACUUGGAAUUAGCAGAUAAAGAUGAGCACAAGAAUUACUACUAUUUCAGAAGGUUCAAAAUGCUACUUUUCGGCGCACUUGGGAAGCAUCUUACAAAAGAAACCACUGUCAUGGAUGAAAUGGGAAAGGAACUUUUCGCUGUAGAUGUGUUUGCAAUGUCUAUCAAAUUUAUGGUCGACGAUAUGAUGGCUGUUGUCAAUCAACGCCUGACUGGGAUAAUAAUGGAGACUGACAUCCACUGGGUGCUCACAGUACCAGCAAUAUGGUCCGAUCUUGCAAAACAGUUUAUGAGACAGGCUGCUAUAAAGGCUGGUAUUGCUACAGAAAGACUGACAAUAGUGCUUGAACCGGAAGCUGCCUCGUUAUACUGUCGACACAUUCCUGUGGAUACAACCGUUACUGAUGGUAAUUUGACGAUUUCCGAAUUGCCGACUGGAUCAAAAUACAUGGUUCUAGAUGCUGGAGGGGGAACGAUUGAUAUCACAGUCCAUGAAGUUCAAAGUCAAUAUACCUUACGAGAAGUCAGAGCAGCAAAUGGAGGUGACUGGGGAGGAACCAUGGUUGAUAAAGCGUUUGAAAACUUUAUCAUUGACCUAGUUGGUGAAACUGUAUUUGAUACUUUUAAACAUUCCGAAACGAUAGAUUGGCUUCAUCUUGCUCGAGAGUUUGAACUAAAAAAACAAGCAGCUGGAACACAAUCGGAGGGAAACGUAAUCAUGCAUUUUCCGGUGUCGCUUAUUGAUCUAUUUGAGACGGAAAAGGAGAGAAAAAUAACUAUUAAAGAUGCAAUAGUAGUUUCGAAAUAUGAUAAAACAGUAGAGCUGAAAAGAGAUAAGUUAAAAAUAUCACAUUCUACAAUAGAAAAUUUAUUUGAACACUCAAUACAGCAAAUAGUCGAGCAUGUACAGAAAUUGAUGACAGAUGAAAGAAUGGCAUGCAUCAAAGCCAUACUCAUGGUUGGUGGAUACUCGGAGUCUCCUUUAUUGCAACGUGCAAUCAAAUCAGCAUUUCCCGGAAUCCAUGAAGUGAUUCCACAAGAGGCGUCAUCUGCUGUGUUGAGAGGAGCCUUGAUUUUUGGUCACAAUCCUAUGACAAUAACCGAGAGGGUACUUAAAUAUACAUACGGUGUAGAUAUCAGCCUGCCAUUUGUGGAUAGAAUAUAUCCAGAGAGCAAACGCGUAAAGACAGAUGAAGGUGACCGCUGUAAGGACAUUUUUCACAAACUGAUUAAAAAUGAGUCUAGCGUGACGCCAGGUGAAACACAAGUUAAAAGAUGUUAUUACACUGUUCACAAGAAACAAGCUAGAAUAUCUUUUGAUAUUGUUAUUUCGAAAGAGAAAACACCUACAUAUGUAGAUGAGAAAGGAUGUACCAAAAUCGGAACAAUCCAAAUAAAAUUUGAAGAACCAGACGAUUUACCCGGACGUAAAGUCAAUUUAACAAUGUUACUUGGCGGCACAGAAAUCAUUGUAGAAUUAGAGGAUGAAAAGACUGGAAACAAAGUAAUAAAUACAGCUGAGUUUUGGGGCUAAAUGACAAUCAGCGACAAUUUGCAUAAAACAUUAUUUUUGAAUGGCAUGUAGAUGUCAAUAUCGUCAUUACUUCUAUGUGUACCUUAUUAUAUAUUGAAGUUUCGAAUGUGUAUUGAUUCACAAUUUUUUCAGCUUGCAUUAGAAAGUGAUUAUACGUUACUCACUUAAUAGUUUUUAAUACAUGAUUAUGCUUCAUACAUGUACUAGUAUACAUUAUAAAUCGUUGUAUGGAAGAUACAAAUCUUCGUGACCUUAACUGAGUUUUAGUUUGCAUAGAAAAAUUUAGGUAUUAGUAUUCGCCAGUUUUCUCAGGACACUGUACCUAAAUUAUUAUUUAGUAAAACAUUUUUCAAAACUUAGGUAGUAACUGAAAGAAACAAAAUAUGACAUUUUAUGUUAAAUGUCUGAACUUGGAAUUUUAUAAGAAUACUAACGAGAGAGAGAGAGAGAGAGAGAGAGAGAUGAUAAGAGGGUUUUGAUAAUUUGAAUGGAAUAGGAACAUUAUUAAUUAGGACGAUAAUUAAAAAAAAU